AUGGCCAGCAUCCGCGCCGCACUCAGAAAUGUCGCCGCCGCACCGCCCAAAUUCUCAGACUUUCGUAAGAAGCGACGAGCUGCAGCGGCUAAGUCCGACGAUGCUUCUGACUCUGCCGUAGCCUCUGGGCCAUACGGGUUUCCUACACAAUAUCCCGCACAUGUGUUCUUCCAUGGCUUCCUCGUACUCGCGUCUCUUGCUAUGCUUCCGCGCACAAUAUCACUGGAUCCGCCACCAGAACAACUGAGGAAUCUGGAUAAGCCGCAAUAUCCGUUUAUUGCUCCUUUGACUGCAAGACCGGAGAUCACUGCUGCUUGGGUCGCGUUGGGGAACGCUGCGCUUGUUGGGUGGUGGUCUGGGUCAGUGAGGGAGUGGGUAAGGGAAGGAAAGAUGGGGCUGAAGAUGGUGGACCGGUUGAGGGACGAGACGCAUCGAAAGGAUAUCUCGAAUGCGGUAGUGUUCACGCUGUACGCUAGUCUCGCAUACGCGUUUCUCAUUGUACUAUGCGGCGCACCACUGGCAACACACCUACCUCAUACUCUAUUGCUUGGCCUUAACCUGGCCAUCUUGACUGUUCACGUACCUGCGUAUGCGCUUGGCCCGCCGCGGUUACCGUUCAGGCUGCCCUUUGUUGGCUCGAAGCAAGAUAGGCUGGAUACUAAUACGACACUCAUACUUAACAACACUUGGGUUCGCUUAUUUGCUGAGCGAGACGCUCGAUCUCCGAAAGAACGCGCUAUUGCGUACCCCGCCUUUGGCGCUCUCACGGGCGCAUGGCUUGGUGUUAUUCCGAUCGGACUGGACUGGGAUAGGCCAUGGCAGGCAUAUCCGCUCACACCCCUGAUCGGUGCAGUCUUUGGCUACGUCUUCGGCGCCUUCUUUGCGGUCAUAGUCAACAUGACACUCUUUCUUGCUGCAUACGACGUGGAGGAUGACAAAUCUACUGCAUCUGCCGCAGGUUCGAAAGAGAAAGCAGGAGAGAGCGCUGGCAAGAAGAAGAGUGGCAAGAAGGUUAGCUUCAAGAAGGACUGA